GUUCAGACGGUUUGGUUCAGUUGUUGUCUGCCAGCAGCGGUUAGCCGCCCCAGCGCCCAACUCCCCCGAAAAAAAAAAAACAUCAGUCUUUCCUUCGAACAAAACUCGUAAACCAAAAGCGAACGAAACCAAAUCGAUCAACUGCAAGCCGCGAAAAUUAUCGGCCGGUGUGUGAACUGUCUGCUAAUUCGAAAAUAACGAUUCGAAAUUUGGCAAUUAAACGAAAAUAAAGUGCAACGAGGAACGGAUCGGAACGGUCGACAGCCAGCGGCAGAUAGGCUGUAAACCCACCUAAUGAAUACAAUAUAAUCCAAAUACAAUAAAGGAAACGUUAGCAGCUAAUUCGCAUUUGAUUAGUUUAUGUUUCUGUCUCGAAUCGAAUAUUACAAUUUGAUUGCGUGCAAAGUCUGAGGAGAGAGCGGAGCGACGUGGAGCAGAGUCAUCAUCAUCGGGCCAGCUGGAUUACGGCGCUAUAAAAUUGGAUAUAUCCCACAUACACGAUCGAAAUGCUUUUGAGACAUCUAAACAGCCUGCCUUGGGCUUUGCUGGCGGUUCUUCUGUUGGCUGCUCUCAAGCUCCAUGUGAUUAAUGCCGAUGCCAGUGCGGAGGUGGACAACUCCAGCACAGAGAGCAACGAGAUCAUUCCGCGGGAGGCCAUCCAGAAACUGGACUACUCGGUGCGUCAGGCGCUACUUCGGGCUAUCGAUAAGCUGGAGCAGGAGGAGGCAGCCGCUGCCGGGGUCACGGAGAGCGGAGAGGACAGUACCAGCAGCAGUGGGUCCCGAUCCUUGCUCCGAACGGAGACUUCCACGCUGCCCUCGCAUCGGGAAAAGGACGAGAUCCUGGAGGAAAGCACCCACAAAGCGGAGCCGGAGGCUGUGGUGCCCACCGUUCAGUUCUACACAGCCACCUUUGACGAGAAGAACGCCCAGGAGCAACUGCUCUCCUCUUUCAUAGACCGCUCAAAGCUGUGGAAGAAAACCACUCUCCGCAAGCAGAGUUCCCCCUCCACUGCCCUGCCCAUCGAACCUAAGUCAGCGGAGCCGGAGGGUCCGGAGAAUCGUCAGCUCACCCGGAGCGUGGACAGCUCCAGUUCCGGAUCGGUCAGCAGCAACGAGAUCUCUCACGACAGUGGCAGUCAUGAGAUUAAGUUCGAGAUCAGCAAUUUAAGGAAGGCAGCUCCCACUACACCCACAACAACUUCCACGUCCACAUCAACCACGACAACAACUCCAAGGCCCCGCACCACCCGUAGGCGAACCACCACGACGUCGACAACGACUACGACUACAACUCCAAGACCCACCCACAACGAGGAUGGGGAGAACAUUGAGCUAGUAGACAAGCAGGACAUUCGCAUCCAGGAGGCGCCGCUGGUGACUGCCUUUACGGUGGAUCUGGAUGAGCGUGGCACAGCCCAGAAGUUCCGCCCCCUGCUGUCGGGUAACCAGCGGACUCCCCCUUACUCCCAGCAACAGCAACAUCAGCAGCUGCUGCCCCACAUUGGACCCACCAUCACCAAGCUGAACGUGCUGGAGUCGGAGCCUCAGGCCACGCCGCUGCCCACACAGUAUCCGCCCACCAGCAGCAGCUCAACUACCACCCAGAUUAGUACCAGCACCAGCGCCAGCGGAGGUUUCUCCACCACGCCCGCUUUCCUGGCCAGCUCCACCAGCAAUUAUGUGAAGGAACCCCUCAACACUCUGCCGGAGCCUCCCAGCGUUAACAACUACCUGAUCGAGCGACAGCGUGCUCUGGAGCAGCAGAUCUACCAGCUGAAGGUACAGGCCCAGCAGCAGCAGGCUCUAAUCCUGCGCCAGCUUAAGCUGCUGGAGGAGCAGACUCAGAGCCGCUUCCAGGCCUCGCCAAUUGCCCAACCCAGCACAUUGCAGCCGCAACAGCAGCAACUCCAGCAGCAGCAGCAGUCACAGCAGCUCCAACAGCAGCCACAGCAACUCCAACAGCAGCAACAUGGUCCGCUGGAGGCCAUUCAGACAGCGCUGCAACCGCCCUCGGUGGGUUACUCCAUAAGGCCUUCGGUGGAAUUUAUACCCAGCACACAUACCAAAACUGUUAUUUAUCCCACAUAUCCAAUUGAGCAGCAAUUGCCGGUCCGCGAUGCCGUUUCGGGUCAUAAAUUCGCCCUGCACGGCGGCAACAACAACAACAACUAUCAGAAGCUUCCAGCGCCGUCAAAUGCGGUGCAGCAGAUUUUCCAAAACUUGCAGCAAUCUCUGCAGAAAUCGAACGAAAACAACAAUGUUGGCGGCAAUUUGCAGGGCCAGCCCUCGAAUCAGUUUGGCUUUGCCCCGGCCGAGGCAUCGCAGCUUCAGGCGCUGCCCCAGCACAAUUACAAACAAUUUCAACAGCCGCAGCAGCAACUGCAACAGCAGCAGCAGCAACCACAAUUGCUGCUGCCCAACUACGUGAGCAAUGCGGUGUUCCAGCAGCAACAGCAGCAGCACAGGGCUCGCCAGUUCCGCCAGGAGACGGGCGUGGGCAACUUCGGGUUGAAUGCCAACGUGGAGAUCCAGCCGAGUACCUCCUUUGCCACCACCAUUGUCAGCCAGCAGUCUGCUUCUAAUCCCAAUCCCAGCCUGGAGAACCAGAACUUUUACAGGCAGCACCUGACGCCGCAGCUCAGCAGCCAGUUGCAGCAGAACGCUCAGCAAUAUCUGCAGCAGCAACAGCAGCAGUUGCAGCAGCAACAACAGUCGUCGGGUGGCGACACCAGUCCAGCUCUCAACCACGGAAUACCGCAGUUCUCCUCACAAAACCUGCACUUCAACGGGGCCUUUUGAGCACUUGCACCAACACCUGCACCACAAUCACCACCCGACGCACUGCCCAUAGCCCAGUCCAUGGUCCGAAAUUCCCUCACCACAAAAACGAACCUCCAAGACCCACUGUUUCCUCUUACACCUGACCGCAAGAGAGUCAGUCGUCCACAGCCCCUCUUCCAGUGGAGUUAAGUUUUACGCACAACAUCUUUGUAAAUAUUCAUUUUAUUUUAAAACAUAAGCAUUACGACCUAAGCGAAAUAAAAAACAGACAGAGAGAAAAGAGUGGGAUGAUCGACCGGCGGAGAGGAGGAGGAGCUCAAGGUGAGGCAGUUGGCAGAGCAAAG